AUGAAGCAGUCUUCUGCUGGGGCUGUCUCAUCUGGUCGUCUCCAUGGCAAAGCACAAGCUCCUUCUCUUUUGUAUGACAUCCUUGCUUCCCUUCCUCCAGCCCUCCUUGUCCUUUGAUCAAGUGCCUGCAGUUGUGGAGGAGAGCUCUGAUGAUCCCUCAUACCAAGCCAUUAGAGAUAGGAAUGAUGCAGCUCCCGUCGGGAGAUCCAGCAUCAGCCAGGGAGGAAAAUGUUUGCCUGAAGCUGAAAACCCAUUCAGAAGAAAAUUGCAGUCCCUUCCAUUGUUAAGGAAAUUAAGGGAAGAAGCAGACCCUGGAGCUACAGCACAGGUGCGAUCGCCACCGAAAUCAAAGCGAAGGCUGCUGCAGUCUUCCAGCCCUCUUCCCUACUCUCCGCUGAACGUGGUGCACAAUGGUAAAACAUGCAUCCUCUUCAGGGCCAAGAAGCUGGCCAUCAGGUACAAGAACCAGACCUUUGUGGACCUCACAGAGAGGGCGUUUGGGCCUGACGCGCCUGUGGACACCCGUGGCUCCAUCUGCAGCAAGGACAAAGCCACGCUGUCCCUGCGGUUUGGGGAUGUGGAGGACUUAAAAGGCCUUAUUAUCAGGCUUCAGAUGUCCAACACAUUCUAUGAAUCUGCGGGGCAGAACUGGUUCACCUUGGACAGCGUUCACAUCCACUACAACUGGACCCAAGAAGCCACUUUCAAUGCCACCGAAGUGUACGCUCCGGCCACCUACUCCUACCACUGCGAGCACGUCAGCAGCUUGCAGAAGUACGACACCCUGUUGGUACCCAGCUCCAAUGCUGACAGCGCAGCCAACUGGCACAUCACCUUUACGGACUUUCAGAUCCAGGCCUUCAACGUGCAGUCCAACAAAUUUGCCUCGGCCAGUGACUGCGCCACCUUCUUCACGCCAGCUAUCCUGAUGGGCCUUAUCACCUCGCUGAUCCUGCUGCUGGUGCUGGCCUAUGCCCUGCACAUGGUGGUGCACCUCAAACAUAUUGACCGCUACGAAGAGCACAAGGCUACGGUCUAUUUCCCCCGCAGCCCAGAGGCUGAGUGCCCGGACAAGAACAGUCUAUAGGAGGUGGUGUCGGAUCGACUGUAAACCUCCCCUCCCCGCAUCGGAGAGAUGGACGACUGUCCAGAUCUCAAGGAAAAACUAUAAGGUGGUCCGUUACGACAUCCCAAAAAUGGAAGCCACUGGCAGGAAAGAGGGAGGAUAUUUGCCCAGGACUGACUUUGCAAGUGCGGUUGCCUCCCUUUCUUUGAGCGCUGAUUGUCCGCACCAGGCGGAUCCCGUCUGGAUUCAUCAGCUCUGCAUCAUCCAGCGGAGCUCGACGUGAGAUUGUCAUUGGAGGACACUGUACGGGUCGGUGCUCUGCCAGCUAGUUGUCACCCAUGAACUGACUGCCAAAAGUGCAGCCAUUUUAUUGUAACGGAUUCCAAACAAAAGACCAAGGAAGAUGGAAGAGGGUUUUGAAUCUAAUUUCCAAUUAGAUAUAUAGCUCCCAAAUGCAUAACUCCAGUAUUUGCACUGUCUGUUUUUUAAAUACCAAUAGAAAUCAAUUGCAGAUUUUACUUUAAUCAUCAUAUCGUACUCUGAUAUAUGCAGUAGAUACGUAAUGAAGUUUAUUUUUUCAUUUUGACAUGCAUUAUCUUCAGGUGUAAUAGUACGGCAGACAAGUGUUCAAGUACUUGUAUUAAAAUAAUUUGUGACAAUUAUACUGUAUCCGAAUUCCAGUUUUGUGAAAUCUUAUUUUGUUUUUAAACAGUGCUAUGUAUUCUGACUAGCUAACCUUUGGGACUGUUUUUCAUGACUAUCUAUUGAUUACAGUAUACAAGUAUGUUUAAUUUCACUCAAUCAAGAGACCACUGUACCCACAAUAACAUCAUCAGCUGCACAUUGUUGCAUCAUGACAUACAGCAUGCUGGCAACUAGUAAACAGUCUGUAUUAAACAAUACAAUACAAUAAUGUAUAUGGGUCAUUACCGUAAUGUACAGACUGAGGG